AUGGCCCUGACAAUCGACGUGAUCGGCGAGGUGAUGCUGGGGAAAGAAUUUCGACUCUCAGCGCCAACCGAACGAGUUGACAAUGCACUUCAAAAAAGCGGUCUCCUGGGCAGGACCGAGCGUGCACGUCAUUUCUUGGAAUCUAAGCAGGCCUUGCAAAUGGUGGCAUUGCGUGCAACAGGACCGAAUCAUUGA